AUGUCCGACUCAGAAGACUCACCCACUGUCGCAUUACCACCCUUUGAUCAUGAAAAAGCUGACGUGAUUCUGCGUUCAUCCGACGGCGCAGAUUUCCGUGUCUUCAGGCUCUUUCUCUCCCUCGCAUCACCCUUCUUCGAGACUCUCUUUGAUCUUCCUCAGCCAUCUGAAGAGACUAACACCGACAUGGAGAUCAAAGACAGACUCCCUGUCAUCCCUGUCAGAAAACAGCAACAUCAGGAAUCUACUAUCAUUACCCAUGUCCUGCAGGCACAGCUGCACUGUUCUUGCUGA